CCUUGUCAAAGUGUGUGUCAAACAGGAUGGUCAAAAGGACAUCGAUCUCAUGCACAACUCUUUCCAUCAGCGCCUUCUCCUUUCUCCCAAAUGCGAUACUGUCCCAGAACUCUCUUGAAGGUGGGCACAAGGUAACAAGGAUCUGAAACCUAUACUUUUGUGCUGCAGGAUGCAGGAAUGAUACCGAUACGUGGGGUUCCACAGAGUAUUUCAGAUUUUGAAUAUUUGAACUUCCCUUCAAAAUAAUGUCAGAGUACAUACAAAAAGCAGAACACUCAUCUAGAGUUCAUCAGCGAAGUGAUGAACAACAGGUCACUGAUAGAACAUUUUUCAUAGACGCUUCUAAUCAGAGCUUGACAGCUAUUCCACCAGAGAUCUUGGCAUUACAAGAAUUAGAAGAAGUGCAUUUGGAAAAUAACCGCAUUGAAGAAAUUUCCCAGGAUAUUCACCAUUUAAGGAACAUCAGGAUCCUCUACCUGCACAGGAACAGCCUGAGAGGGCUGUGCCCUGAGCUGGGAGCGCUGAGCAACCUGGAGGGCCUGGACCUGAGCUGCAACCCCCUGGCCCCCUCCUCCCUGACGGUGCUCAGCGGCCUGCGCGCCCUGCGCGAACUGCGGCUCUACAGCCUCGACCUGAGGGAGCUCCCCGUGGUGGUCUGUAAAAACCUGCAUCACCUUGAGCUGCUCGGCCUGUCCCGAAACCGCCUGGAAUGUCUGCCCAAGGAAAUUGUGAACCAGCUCAAACUGAGGGAGAUCUAUCUGCAGCAAAACCAAUUCAAGGUUUUCCCUCAGGAGCUCUGUGUUCUCUACAAUCUGGAGGUCAUUGACCUGGAUGAGAACAAUCUCAGUGCCCUCCCGGAAGAAAUUGGGGAUCUGACGAGGCUGCAAAAGUUCUACGUGGCUCGUAACCAGCUGCCCUCUCUGCCCAGGUCGCUAUGCCAGUGUAGCAAAAUGACUGUGCUCGAUUUAUCCUACAAUCUCCUCGAGUCCGUGCCGUGCGCCGUCGGCGAGCUCACUGGCAUGACGGAAAUCGGGCUGAGUGGGAAUCGCCUGGAGAAAGUGCCGCGCCUCGUGUGCAGGUGGCCCGAGCUGCACCUGCUCUACCUGCGCGACACGGGCCUGCGGAGGCUGCGGCGCUCCUUCCGGCGGCUGCUGCACCUACGCUUCCUGGAUCUCAGCCAGAACCACCUGGACCACUUCCCCGCGCAGAUCUGUGCGCUGAAGAACCUGGAAGCCCUGGCACUGGAUGAUAAUAAAAUAGGGCAGUUACCUUCAGAGUUGGGCUCGCUUUCAAAACUGAAGAUACUUGGACUAACAGGAAAUGAGUUUCUUUCUUUCCCAGAGGAAAUAUUUUCUUUAGCAUCUCUGGAGAAAUUACACAUUGGGCAAGACCAGGGAUCCAAGCUUGCCUGUGUUCCAGAAGAGAUUGGGAAACUGCAGAGUCUUAAAGAGCUAUAUAUAGAGAAUAACUGUCUGGAGUACCUGCCUGUAUCUUUGGGGUCCAUGCCUAAAUUGGAGGUUCUUGAUUGCCGGCACAAUUUACUUAAGCAACUCCCAGAUGAAAUUUGCCAAGCACAAGGUUUGAGAGAGUUGCUGCUGGAGGACAACUUGCUCACUCAUCUUCCGGAGGAUUUGGACAGCCUAGAGAAUCUCAUGGUUCUGACACUGAUGAGUAACCCCAUGGAAAUCCCCCCAAUAGAAGUGUGCGCAGAAGGCAACGAGGCCAUAUGGAGAUACCUGAAGGACAGCAGAAACAAGAAGAUAAAGGCAACAAAGAUUCAGGCAUGGUGGCGUGGAAUAAUGGUUCGGAAAGGAUUGGGAAAAUUUGAAGAACUACAAAAAGCAAGAAGGAAAGGAAAGACCUCUCCAAAAGAUAAGAAAGGAAAGAAGGAUGUAAAACAAAAACCUGGUGGAAAGGGAAAUAAGAAAUAAUUCUAUAAAUUAAUGAAUUGAAGCAAUGAACCCUAACAGAUUAAGAAGGCAAAAUGUCUAGGAAUUAGAUGCCAUCUACACUAAAACUAUUUAAAGAAUUAUGGUCUUUUAAUUUCUUUUGUUUUUUCAUUUUUAU